AUGACCAAAGAGAUCGUGUUCACUGAUAACGCCGUCCCUCCCCUCAGCCGUGUAUUUGGAUUGAUUAUGACGAUGUUUCGUUCAGCUCAGGCUGUCAUAUCUAAGGGCCAUGUAUAUGUCUCGGGCAACAUCGGAUGCACGACCGAUUUCAUGAUCGUCGAGGGCGGAGUGCAAGGACAAACAUAUGCUGCCCUUCAAAACAUCGGCAAGGUGCUCGAGGCUGCUGGAUCGGGACUCCAACAUGUCGUGAAAGCGAAUAUCUAUCUCACGAAUAUGUCAAGGGAUUUUAUUGAUAUGAAUACUGUGUACAAGGAGUUCUUUAACGCAGGUGCGAUGCCUGCGAGGACUUGCAUUGGUGUCGAUUCUCUUCCGUUGGGCGCGUGCGUCGAGAUCGAGUGUAUGGCAGAAGUUCCAGAAAUUUGA